AUGGGCAUACUAACAAAGAUUGAAGACAGGCCAACGCCCGCCGCGGUGUACAAUUGGCGUGUAUACAUCUCAGCAAUCAUUGCCUCGUUCGCAUCAUGCAUGAUCGGAUACACCACCUCGUUCAUCGGAACGACUGUCGCUCUGGGGUCGUUUGGAAAUGCGUUUGGUUUCGAUCAGAUGGCUUCUUCGGAGUCUACUCUGAUUAAAGCCAAUGUUGUGUCUCUUUUCCAAGCUGGAGCUUUCUUUGGAUCUCCUUUGGCAUACACGACCUGCCAUUACUUUGGACGGGUCAAGAGUCUCUGGAUCACAGCUGGAGUAUUCAUCUUUGGUGCUGCCAUUACUUUCGCAUCUGUGAAUGGAAGCCUAGGGCCACUUUACGCUGGCAGGAUCAUUUGUGGACUGGGCGUUGGCGGCUGUACUAUGGUGGUACCUAUAUAUAUUGCAGAAAUCGCCCCUCCAGCUAUCCGCGGUCGUCUCGUCGGAACCUACGAGCUCGGCUGGCAAAUUGGCGGGCUAGUGGGAUUUUGGAUCAACGACGGGAUGAUUAAGACGAUCCCGGAGAGCCAACAACAGUGGCUGAUCCCCUUUGCUGUUCAACUGAUUCCUGCGGGUGCCUUACUUUUCGGCAGUCUGACGUUGAGAGAGACACCACGUUGGCUCWUCACAAAGGGUCGAAUCGAAGAGGGCAUCGCCAAUUUGUGCUGGAUCCGGAAUUUGAAGGCAGAGGAUACAUACAUUGUUGAAGAAGUUGCUAUGAUGCAGGAGCAGAUCUUCGAUCUUCCACAAGGAUUCUUCUUGCCGAUCAAGGAAGCACUUCAGGAUCCAAAGAUCCGGUGGAGACUGUUCCUUGGACACUCGCUAUUUAUCUUGCAGAACUUUGCUGGUGUAAAUGCGAUCAACUACUACUCUCCAGAUAUCUUCCGAUCGGUCGGUAUUACCAGCCAGGACACCAUAUAUCUGACCACUGGCCUUUUCGGUGUUGUCAAGACGGUCAUCACAAUUGUGUGGCUUCUUGUUUUGAUUGACAAACUAGGACGCCGCCAGCUUCUCCUAUAUGGAGCUCUCGGCGGCUCAAUUGCGAUGUUUGUCAUCGGCGCGCUCAUCACCGCCAGAGUCAAUUCUGGCACGUCGGAGAGUACUUCUCUAUCCUCAGAGGGCAUUGCGACGGUCUUCAUGGUCUACCUCUGGACCGCCAUUUACAUCAAUUCCUGGAAUGGUACUCCCUGGGUCAUCAACGCCGAAAUGUUCUCUCAGCGUACGCGAGGUAUUGGGCAACUGUUUGCAUCCAUGGCGAACUGGCUCUGGACCUUUGUUAUCGCUCGCAUCACUCCGAACAUGAUCCAAGGCAUGGGCGACUCAGGAUUCGGAAUGUAUUUCCUUUUCGGCGCCGUGACUCUCUGUGGAUUUGUAUUCGUCUGGUUCCUGAUUCCAGAGACAAAGUCAGUGCCAUUAGAUCAAAUGGACCGUCUCUUUGAGAUCUMGCCAGUACGAAAGGCGCAUUCGAUGGUGAUGAAGGAGGUACAGCGUGAGAAUCUGGAUCAUCGUGAUAAGAAGCUGUUGAUAUCACCAGAACCAGUAGAGAGAAAUGGACAGGAAGAGCGAGCUGUAUAA